GAUGCAGCGCCGCAAACACAGCAGCCAAACGCUGGGCUUCACUGCUCUCUUGGUCCUUACGACCAUACAGGUGAUUGGUGUCGAUUCCUUGCCUUCAGGUGUCAGUGCACUUGCAAAUGUCGAAGCUGGUUCUCUUCUAAGGAACAGGAGGAGUCCCAGAAGUGUCAAAGAACACGUGAUUAUCAACAAGCAGCCUCCCAAGCAACUCACGAUCGUGAGCAAGGGAAGCUCAAACGCAAACAUACAUGACGAAGACGAGAAAAGCGACGUUCUUCGUAGCGUGGUUGGUAGCGCUUUGGGGUCAUCCGACGAGCAAAAGGCGGCUCUGAGGAGAGCCAUAUUAGACAUUAUCAAAAAGGAAGACGCUGCUCGAGAUCAAGGCAGCGCAACUCUGACUCAUAUGCGCAAGUCGACGCGUGUAAAGAGCAAAAGCGUUAUUACUGUGUGAUAAGUAGUGGAUUCCACUACUAUGAGUAGAAGCUGACUGUGCUUCAAGAUUAAAUUUAAAAAUCAGUUGUGGAUCUAGCUGCUCCAUCCACGCUUCUGAGUCGUUCUUCAUAUACCCGUGAGCCACGCAGGAGAGUCGCAACCAUCCCGCCGGCCAGUAUCCUGCUAACCUACAUGACCAGCAGAAGUGGAAAUGCUGGUGUCGACGUCUGCGCUCCUCUUAAACCCUAUAUAAGAUACCACGGUGGAUGUGAUAAUCUAAAGUACCGCAUAAAACUGCCAGGUUUGCCACUCUCUUUCAGAAACUGUUUGGAAGUAGUAAAGUGUACGAGCCUAUCACUCCAUUAUCUUUUCUACGAUACACCACCUUUAUUAGCUGCAUAGACCGCUAUUUUAUGGGACACUCAUAUCGUGAAUCCACUUCUUAUAUCUCCAGAACCAUAUUUGUAAAUAUUAGACCCCGGUAACACUGCUUACUGAAAUAUAUACUGCGAACUGUUAGCUUUGCACGUAAUAUUUGAUGCCUUGACCACUCACCUUUCUCUGAGAGAUCCGACUUAUCAAUCGUUUAUCUAUUACCCCUUUAAUAACACGCUGUAGAAAUCAAUAUUCACCGACACGCAAGUAGGUCCCCUCCUGGGUCCACAACAAGUUCACACCGAGCAGUAAUACACCAAUACUUCAUGCGAACAAUCAGCCAUAUCAGCCGUCCUAUGAUAUGGUCUACAAAAGCUUCUUCGUGGUAUCUUUCAUUAUUAGUUCACGGUUGACCUAGCCCAUAGCCUCUCUUAUUUCAACACCAUUAAUUUUGUCAACUCAUAUUUAA